GUGCCACUCUACCAAUGCCGACUACUCACUUGACGGGCGCCACAACAUGUAGCAGAGCGCAUUAUCUUGGUUCGCAACCUGUGUAGCGUUAUGGCUACCAUCGCGCCUGCCCGCAGCGACUCUCCAGCAAACCCCGUCCCGAGAAUAACCUCUCCCUCAAUUCCCAGCCCAGGCGGGACGCCUUCAUCGUCAGUCCGUCCUUCCUUCGAUCUGCCCAGGAACAAUGCGUCCUCUUCUUCUCCCUCUUUACAACAGAAUGCCACUCUGGCAACCCCCGCUUCGACAACGCAAAGGCGCAAUCGUGCAGCCCUUCGGGACUACUACAAUCUCAAAUCCAAAGGCGCUUCUGCCGCAAUCCACGAGCCCCGAGAUAUAAGCCGCACAGCGAGCAUAACCUCUACGGCCUCCGACUCCACGAUAGCCACCACUUCCACGGCCAUUCCAGAGUCCACAACCUCAUCCCUCACAGCACACUUGGACGAUCCGAGUUUCGACGCCGAAACCUUUGUCUCCGAACUGUUGAAAACUGCCAGUCUGCGUGACAUUCUGAAAACUGAGAGCGCUUUGGUCAGCGAAAUUAGAACACUCGAUGGCGAGAGAAAGGCAUUGGUCUACGACAAUUAUAGUAAGCUAAUCAAAGCGGUGGGGACGAUCGCGGAGAUGCAGAAGGGGAUGCACAAGGAAAAGGAGCAGGAUAUUCGGGGGCGUGUGUUGGCCAGACAGAAGGGCGAGCAAAGUCCCGGCCUUGACGGAGUAGCGUUGUUGGGAGAGAAGUUGGAUGGGUUGUUAAAAGUGGUCAAAGAGUUCAGUCCAGGUACAGCGGACGGCAAAAGGGCUACGCAGUCAACGGAGGCGAGGCGGAAGAGGACACAAAAAGAGAUCGUCAGGUGGGCUUUGGAUGCACCCGUGCGGCUACAACAAAUCAUCGAUCGAGGGCAACGGGAAGAGGCCGAGCGAGAGUAUCUCUCUGUUACAGAAGUGCUAGACAAGUGGAACGAUGUCGGUGGUGUCGAGGAGCUGCGGGCCAAAUGUGCAAAGGUCAUGGAGAACACCAAGGAGGAAACAAGCGCAAGUGAGCAAGGAGACUCGGGGUGAACAAACCAUUCGACUGUGGUCGGCAGUCUGUCAGACGCCGUCAUCACCUCUCGGAGUGUCUGCUACUCCAUACAAAAUCUUCAAGGCAGGGAGUGUAUUCAGCCUCGGCCCGACACGGUCUGUCGACUGUCAGCGUUAUACUGGAUAACAAGGCCGACCUAGUUCGCACCCAAAGAAGGAUGGAAGACUGGCCAUUCACGGAUAGCGAAGCAGGUCGUCCAUGAAAGACGGGCAUGAACACAGAGAAGGCCCAUGGGGACAGGCCAGGCAAACGUCCUCGACAAUGUGUCAACCAGUGAAGAGGGUUGUUGCGACCUCCUUCGUCAUCCCUCACCUCGGAGUGGUUCAAAAGAACCUCAUGGACUGUUGUGUCCUUGCUGCCGCUGAAGAGAACUGAAAUCGGUUCCCCCUUAAUCCUCAAUUUCUACAUCCGAAGUGAGAGGGAAUGCGCCGAAGCGUAGCGGCAGGCCGGAAGCUCGGUACCAAGCAGUCAGUACUGAGUGCUGCAGACAGAGUGGAGAACAAGGAAUGGCAGCAUAUGCAAUGCGCAGGACCCGCAAAUAUGUCUUAUUGCCGAAGACAGAUACGAAGACGUAUCUAUAUAUCUAUGUAUCACUCCUACUAUCCCCCCAUAUAACUUACACCACGUAUGGGAAGAGAGCCUUUGAGAAAAUAUCAAGACGGGGAGACAGAAACAUACACGUGUAGAUACGUACAUACAUAUUUGUCUCUAAAUCGGCAGACGAGGUAGAGCUGAACUCCUAUAGAAC